UAAAUAUUGUCCAAUCUUUAAUCACUUUCUGGUUUGAGCUUCCUCUUAUUCUCCCAUUUAUUUUCGCAAGUUCUAAAUAUUCUAACAUCUUCCUUUGCCAGUCAAUUUUUGUGGGGAUUGAGUCACCUUUCCAGUUUUUUGCUAUUAAAAUUCUAGCCUCUGUGGUUGCAUACAUUAAAAAAAGGUUCUAAAGUUUUUACGCUCCCUAGGCACAAGGUUAGAGGACCUGAUUAUUUGAAACCCCCACAGCAAAAGAAAGUGUCUCGUCCUCGUCACUCAUCAUUUCACUUCCCAACCCUUUCCUACAAACUCCUAACAACCACUCUUUGCCCCGCACAUGGCGGCUCCUCCCAGCUGCGGCAGAGCACCGGAAAUCACUGUAGAGGCAUCAUAGAGACUGUGGGCUGAAACCUCUUUGGGGCAGAACUCCUCCCCUCCCCGGAAUCGGCCCGCGCGCGCGCAGUGCGUGCGUAAGGAGACAAAACAGCAACCUUCUUCCCAGAAUGCCCCGCGUGAGCGUUAUGAGUGAGGCGGAAGUAGAUGCCAGGAAGCCCCGCCUCAUAACAAUGAUGGGGCCAAGAUGGCGCCUGGCUAUAGCUGCGCUUGUGGGCUUCGUCGUUGCUGCCCCCGGGUAAGUUGUGAGGGGCUAAGGGUGGGUGGAGGGCCUCGGGCAUUUUUGGGGAAGCGGAAAGUGGGGCUUCCAAGUAAAUGGUGGUCACCUGAGCGCCGCAAGGGUGAGUCCACACUGUACCUUUAAAUCGCUUUUAUACCCAUUGGAACAGUCAUGGCUUCCCCGCAAAGAAGUCUGGGAGAUGUAGUUUGCUAAGGGAGUUGAGAGCCCUUAGGUGAUUCGCCUAUCCCCCCACCCCCACCCCAAGCUACAAUUCCUGGUGUGCUUUAACAAGCACUCUCUCUUCUUUGGGAGCUCUGGAAAUUGUAAUUCUGGGAGAGGAAUUUGAUAAACAAAUAAUAAUAGAAUUAUAGAGUUGGAAGGGUCCCUGAGGAUCAUCUAGUCCAAUCCCUGGAAAUGCAGGACUGGACAUUCCUUUGAAAUGUUAUAAAUACCACCGCCCUGACCCUUGGGCGGGGUUGCAGUUUUGCAAAAAGAUUCGACUGUAACCUAUUGCUUUGCAAUAAACAACAGUGGACUCCUAACUCCUCUUGACUCUGAAUUUUAUUGGCGUAACUCAGAAGAUAAGCCACUUUUGGCUUACAACAUUAAGAUUAAGAGUCCAAUGCUCUGCUGCAAGUUAUGUCUAAGAAACAAAACAAGAGAGGAAAAUGACUCCAUCUGCACCUGACAAGAGAGAUUUUAUCUUAGGUACAUCACUGAGGGCAGCAACCAACACUAAAGAUUUUUCUAAAUCUAUUUGCCUGGAACCAUGUUUGCACCAUACAUUGAAAACAGUGUGAUAUCACUUUAAAAAGUAAUGGCUCCCCCCCACUUCCCCCCCUUUUUUUCUAAGCUACAAAGUCUCAAGCCUUGUGCUUCUGCGGAAGCUGUUUGAGUCUUCUUCACCAAGAUUUGUUCUUCUUUGUAUCUUGCAACAUGUUCUUUAAUUAUUUUUUCCACCAAUUUAACUGGAGCCGACGCUAAGUUAAUCAGAUGAUGGGGACAAGCUUGUGGGAGAGCUGUGGCUUUUAUGCCCUACCUCUGGACUUUAUUGGAGCAACAGAUUGGUCACUGUGAGAAACGGCACUAGAUGGGCUUUUGGUUUUAUCCACCAGGACUGCCCACAAUUGUCUUUAAAGUGACAGAUUAGCCUGUUGCCCCCAAUACCUCUCAUUUUAAUCUCUCUGCAAUGUUCUCUCUCUCUCUUCCUUUUUCUGUCCGGUUUCCAGGUUGGCUGAAGUGGCUUUGGAAAGUGAUGGGAAAAACCCAGGUGAGAGAGGAUAAUUGUAUCUGUUUUGGCUAUGUGAGUUUGUGUUGUAGUUUGAUUUCUAGCUUUUUUUGUCUGGAAGAACCGAGAUGGAGUGGAGGGCAGGGAGAGGUAUGAUAAAAUUGUGCUGCAGAAGAUCUGAAUGCGUGUCAUUUCCCUGGCUGUGUGGCCCUUAAUUUUCUCAAAACACCCUUGAGUAUGAUGCUUAGCAGAAUGUAAGGAGAGCCCUAUGGCUGGAUCAGGCCAGUGGCCCAUCUAGUCCAUCAUUCUAUUCUUACGGUAGCCAACCAGAUGUCUGGGAAGCCUGACAUCAAUAGUUCUCUGCCCACCUUCAAAAUUCCUAGCAUCUAGUGCUCCAAAGUAUUGCCGCUUCUGACAGUGGAAGCAGAACGUUGCCAUUGUGACUAGUAGCCAUUGAUAGCCUUUGUUGUUGUUGUUGUUUAGUCAUUUAGUCGUGUCCGGCUCUUUGUGACCCCAUGCACCAGAGCAUGCCAAACACCCCUGCCUUCCACUGCCUCCUGCAGUUUGGUCAAACUCAUGUUCGUAGCUUCGAGAACACUGUCCAACCAUCUCGUUCUCUGUCAUCCCCUUCUCCUUGUGCCCUCCAUCUUUCCCAACAUCAGGGUCUUUUCCAGGGAGUCUUCUCUUCUCAUAAGGUGGCCAAAGUAUUGGAGCCUCAGCUUCAGGAUCUGUCCUUCCAGUGAGCACUCAGGGCUGAUUUCCUUCAGAAUGGAUAGGUUUGAUCUUCUUGCGGUCCAGGGGACUCUCAAGAGUCUCCUCCAGCACCAUAAUUCAAAAGCAUCAAUUCUUCAGCGAUCAGCCUUCUUGAUGGUCCAGCUCUGUGAAUGUGUCUAACCCUCUUUUGAGGCCAUCCAAAUUGAUGGCUAUCUCUGCUUCCUGCAGGAACAAGUUCCACAGGUUAACUGUGCUCUGCGGAUCGGUCCUGAAUCUUCCAAUGUUCAGUUUUAUUGAAUGCCUAUGAGUUCUAAAGGGACGUGGGUGGCGCUGUGGGUUAAAUCACAGAGCCUAGGACUUGCUGAUCAGAAGGUUGGCGGUUCGAAUCCCCGCAACGGGGUGAGCUCCCGUUGCUCGGUCCCUGCUCCUGCCAACCUAGCAGUUCGAAAGCACCUCAAAGUGCAAGUAGAUAAAUAGGUACUGCUCUGGCUGGAAGGUAAAUGGCAUUUCUGUGUUCUGCUCUGGUUCGCCAGAAGUGGCUUAGUCAUGCUGGCCACAUGACCCGGAAGCUGUACGCCGGCUCCCUCAGCCAGUAAAGCGAGAUGAGCGCCGGAACCCCAGAGUCAGCCACUACUGGACCUAAUGGUCAGGGGUCCCUUUACCUUUACCUAUGAGUUCAAAUGUUAUGAUAGAGGGAGAAAACUAAGAGCAGUUUUGCCAGGUCAGCCCAAUGGCCUAUCUAGCCAGUAAAACCACUGAUAGCAUUUUCCUUCAUGGAUUUGCCUAAGCCUCUUUCAAAGCCAUCCAAGUUAGUGCCCGCUGCUGCUGCUUUCGAGCGUGAGUUGUGUAGCUUAACUCUGCGCUGCAUAAAGAGCUGUGUGUGUUGUUUUGUUGAAGCUGACUCCUGAUCUCCUCUUUGGCUUCCUGCAGCCAGUUUGCCUGGGGCCACGCCGUGUUGGCAAAGCGAGGAUUUCGUGGUGACCCAGCAGUGUGCUCCCUGCCAGAGUUUUCAGGCGGUAAGUGAACCUCCCAACAGGAACAAAAAGUUGGGCAAGGGUAAAAAUGAAACGCCUUAACUGCUUGCUAAAAUAUGUGCAAAAGAGAUUGACGUUCCCACUUUCAAACAUAUCUUAUCCACUGUAGCGUUUAAUGCCGCAAAAUAAGUUAACGGACAUAGAAGCUUCAAUACAAUGAUAACACAGAAGGUAGAAUGAUGUCCUAUACUGAGUCAAGGCCAGUACUGAGCUCAGUAUGGUUUACACCAGGGGUAGGCAACCUAAGGCCUGGGGGCCAGAUCUGACCCAAUUGCCUUCUCAAUCUGGCCCGCGGAUGGUCUGGGAAUGAGCGUGUUUUUACAUGAAUAGAAUGUGUCCUUUUAUUUAAAAUGCAUCUCUGGGUUAUUUGUGGGGCAUAGGAAUUCGUUCAUAUUUUUUUUCCAAAACAUAGUCUGGGCCACCACAUGAUCUGAGGGGCGGUGCACCGGCCCCCUGCUGAAAAAGGUUGUUGACCCCUGAUUUACACUGACAGGUCACGGUUCUCCAGGGUAUCAGAUGGAGAACCCUACAGGCAGAUCUCAGGGGUUGAACCUGGGACGUUAUGCAUACAAACUGGAUGCUCUUAUCACUGAUCUAUAUUCCUUCCUUUAAAAAUAAAGAUGCUAUUCCUCAAGAUUCUGAAUAAAAGGCUAACUUAAAUAGGAAGCUGCCUUAACACUGACUCAGACCAGUGUCCAUCAAGCUCAUUAUUGUCUUCAAACUGACUGGCAGGAGCACUCCAGGGAUUCAGGCAGGGCUCUCUUUCAGCCCCAGAGAUGCCAUUGCAGGUUGAACCCGGGUCCUUUGUGUGAUGCAAAGCCAGUGUUCUAUUAUAGCAGAAUGGGGUAGGGGUGGGUUCCCCGUGCCCCGGUCAGAAGCGAUCCGCUCCUCAGUUGGUUAUUGCAACAGAACUGAAUCACAGGUGCUUGGCAGCAGUAUUAUUUAAUGAAACAUGUGCUCUUGGUUGUAGAAAACGACGCCAGAAUGCAGCGUGACGGGCUUCAUUGAGCAGAUCAACUGCAGCGCUUCCAAGAAGGGAGAAUACAAGAGGUGAGCUCACUGGGAGGAGAAGAGCGGUGUGCCUUGCCACCCUGGGAUGCUGCCUCUGACAGUGGCCAGUGGCAGACCCUGCUGGAGCAAGGGGUGCUUACUAAUGUCGCAGAUCAGUUACACAGGAUGGCGGUGAAGGCGAGCCUCUGGCAGUGAGAGACGGCCCUCAAAACCUUUCUUAUCUGGCCCUUAAGGCUCUGCAGGCCACACACCUCACCAGCCCUGAUUCAUAGCCUCCUUGGCUGUGCCUGGCUGGGAUGUGUCCCUGAAGUCUCUGAUCAUGCCUCUUGCCUGCAACCCCUACUGUAACUGAUCUGUCAUGGAUGUUUUAGCUGAGAUUCCCGCAUUGCAGGGCCUUGGACUCGAUGGCCCCCCUGGGGGACCCCGAUUCUACAAUGUGCUGCUAACAACUUCCUACUGAAGCAGGAAGGGCCCUGUAAGCCUCUGGGUUUCAUGGCAGUCUGAAAGCUGAGAAACAAGAAGGUUUUUCUUCUUCUCUUCUCUUUUUGAAAACCCCUGCCCUGGUAACAGCCAACCAGCUCUCCCAUUUGUCAGGAAUUCUCCCUUCCAUUCCUACCCUCCCGCUGCUUUUUUGUUCCUCCUGACAAACAGCAUUCCAUAGCCGCUGAGAAGGCUUGUUUUGCAGGGGGAACUAAUCCCUGAAGAUCCCACCCAAUAUUUGUUCUUCUGCAAACGCCAGAGUUUCCAUGAGCUAGCUUUCAUCUCGUUUCAGUACAUUUCCGAGCACAAUUCAAAGUAUUGGUGCUGACCUUUAAAGCCCUAAACGGCCUUGGCCCAGUAUACCUGAAGGAGCGUCUCCACCCCCAUCGUUCAGCCCGGACGCUGAGGUCCAGCGCCAAAGGCCUUGUGGCGGUUCCCUCACUGCGAGAAGCCAAGUUACAGGGAACCAGACAGAGGGCCUUCUCGGUAGUGGCACCCCCCCCCCCCCGUGGAACGCCCUCCCACCAGAUGUCAAAGAGAAAAACAACUACCAGAAUUUAGAAGACAUCUGAAGGCAGCCCUGUUUAGGGAAGCUUUUAAUGUUUAAUAAGUUAUUGUAUUUUAAUAUUCCGUUGGAAGCUGCCCAGAGUGGCUGGAGAAACCCAGCCAGAUGGGCGGUGUAUAAAUAAUGAAUUAUUAUUAUUAUUAUUAUUAUUAUUAUUAUUAUUAUUCUCAGUCCCUCUGCCCCUUUCAACCUUUAGCCACAUAGCCGUGGCACUUGGCUCUUCAGUUUGCCACUAGAGGGAGCAGCCAACCCAUUUUAACUCGCCUCCCUGAUGCAUUCUGUGCUUCGACUCGCAGGUGAAGGGCCUAACCAAACCCCUUUCCAGCCAUCCCUGUUUCCCUUAUGCUGUUCUGUCGUGUGGUGUCUUGGGAUGGGAACGCACACCGCUCCCUUCCGCAUGCUUCCUCCUCGGUGUGUCCAUCAGCAGAGAGUCACGCUCACCUUGCCUUCUCCUUGCAGCUGCCGUUCCAUGGAGAUGGAAGCUCGCAUCUUCUGGAAGUUCGAGGGCGCCAUGCUUGGUGUGGCGGCCGUCUUCGCCCUGCUGGUGGUAUGUCGGCAGCGCAUGCUGGACCGUAGAGCUUUGGAGAAAGUGCGCAAGCAGAUAGAAUCCAUCUAGUGGCGCCAGGGUCUCUCGCCGCUCUUUUCGGAACAGAACCUAGCGGCAGCGGUUGGGGGACAGCGGCGGGAAGGAAUCUUCCAUUGGACUGUUUGGAGGAGGGAACGAGGACCCCCGUGCUCAUUGGAAAGUAUUUCCUCCCCCCUUCACUUGGACUGAAACUGUUGCAUUGAAACGUGGGCAACUUGCUUUGUUUUCUGAACAUCCUGGGCACUUGUACAAAGAACAGUCCCGCUCCCCACAUUGUCUGUGGUGCAUCCUGACUUGGUUUGCUGCGUGGUCGCAAUCUGUUGCAAACUCCUCGGCCUCUCUAGACUUUGUUGGAUUCAAAGGAGCAAGCCCAGCACCUCCCUAGUCAUACCACUGUUUUAUUAAAGACCAGAAACCCCAGCGAGCGUCUCUAAAUCAUGUAAGGAAAGUGACUGAUCUCUGCCCUUAUUCAUGCAGUUCCAAAGCCCUUUCAUUUUGAGGGUGUGGAAAAUGUAGCUCUAUUUUGGCUUUUUAAAAAAGCCAUCCUGUGUAUUGUCGGGGGGGGGGGGGAGGGUUGCUACCAGGACUUUACUGUGGCGUAUUUUAAACAGCCGUCCCUACAGGAUUCCUCUGUAAGAAACCUCAAUGUGAUUAAAAGCACGAUGAAGCUUUCCGAACGCGCGUGCUCUUUGUAUCCAGUGCUGGUAGAUCAAUUUUUAUUUUUAUUUUUUGUGGUGGCAGAUUUGUGUGGCCCAGCAGAAGCCAAAUGGGACAGAACUGGAUCUGUUUAGCUCGGUGGAACUGAGGCCAGAGCAGGCAGAAUGAUUCAUUUGGAAAAAAACUGGGGAGCAGAAAUGUUAAGGGGAGGAAUGGGGCACCUUGAUGAAACCUCUAUGCCUUGGUUUGGCUACAACUUUUGCAUUUUGUCAGCUUGGCCUGCAUACACACCACACAUUUAAUGCACAUGGCUCCCCCAAAGCAUCCUGGGAGAUGUAGUUUACCCACCACAGAGUUACCCUUAAAAAACUACAAUUCCCAGGAUUCUUUUUUGGGUGGGGAUGGGUCAUGCACAAAGCCCUGGGCUUGAGAGGACGGAAUUUAGGCGUUCCAAUGUCGUGGGGUGGGGCAGUUUGUGAGUGGGCAAGUGUGACAAAAAGCCCAGUGCCUCAAGCCCACCUCUCUUUCUGAUAUUUUUGUGUGUGGAACACCCAUGAAAUCAAAAGCAGUGUGCAAAAAUUUGCAGGCUGCACGCUUGUGUUUGAGUGCAGAAGCUCUCGGGUUCAACCUCUGGCAGGUAGGGCUGAGGGAGACCUGGAAGGACUCUACCGGUCAGUGUAGACAAAGCUGAGAUAGAUGGAGCAAUGGCCUGACUCGAAAUAAGGUGGCUUCCUAUGUUCUUCUGUGUUAAGAGGGGCCACUGGGAGUUCCUGGCACAAGAACUCCAAAUCUUUGAAACCCAAAGGUGGGUGGGAGUAGCUAGAAGCAAACUCCCAAGUGUCAUUUGCAUUGUGAGGUUACUGAUCCCCGCUGGAUGAAACCAAAGGCCUCUGUGUCACGCACAGCAUCCUAUUGCUUUCACUGACCAGCCAGAAGGUACGAAAUAGCCAAUACACAGGGCAGGAAUUCAGUAGCCCUCUUCUGGGGAAGUGCCUGGGCACUGAGGGGAUGUGAGCCUUCAUGAUUAGGGUGGCUGGACGGUUUGCUAGCAGCUGCAAACCUGACCAGGGCAUCUCAACACCGACCUGCCAGUCUAGCAUUUAAUAAAACCAUGAAAUGAUUGUGAAGCACCUCUUGCUUUUUGCUGCUGCUAGUGACGUGGUGUGCAUUCCUUGCGCUAACGUUCAUUGUGUUCAUUGUGGCUGGAGAAAGGUACCUCUGCCAUCCAGGAUCACAGCGCCAGGCAGGCUCCCUUGGUUAUCUCCCGCUUGGACUACUGCAAUGCGCUCUACGUGGGGCUACCUUUGAAGGUGACCUGGAAACUACAACUAAUCCAGAAUGCGGCAGCUAGACUGGUGACUGGGAGCAGCUGCCGAGACCAUAUAACACCGGUCUUGAAAGACCUACACUGGCUCCCAGUACGUUUCCGAGCACAAUUCAAAGUGUUGGUGCUGACCUUUAAAGCCCUAAAUGGCCUCGGCCCAGUAUACUUGAAGGAGCGUCUCCAACCCCAUCGUUCUGCCCGGAUGCUGAGGUCCAGCGCCAAGGGUAUUCUGGCGGUUCCCUCCCUGUGAGAAGUGAAGUUACAGGGAACCAGGCAGAGGGCCUUCUCGGUAGUGGCGCCCACCCUUGUGGAACGCCCUCCCAGCAGAUGUCAAAGAGAUAAACAACUACCUGACAUUCAGAAGACAUCUUAAGGCAGCCCUGUUUAGGGGAGUUUUUAAUGUGUGACAUCUUAGUGUAUUUUUGGUCUUUGUGGAAGCCGCCCAGAGUGGCUGGGGAAACCCAGCCAGAUGGGCCGGGUACAAAUAAUAAAUUAUUAUUGUUAUUAUUAUUAUUGGGAUACAUCUGAAUCUUUUGGGUUUUAAAUAUAUGAUUUCCCUUUUCCUGGCCUGUCAGCCAUUCAGGCUGUGUCACCCACCUCCUUUAACCUGAAUUAUUGCCCCCUCCCUUUAGCACCCAUCCAUAGAUUUCCAGGAAAAAAAACGUACUUUGCACAUGCUCAGAAGCUCCCUUUUAUUUCUUCCCCAGCCCGGCUCCAGGGUUCCGUUGAAGCUUGCCCACUUCCCCAGAUCAUAACCUGCCCCCUCAUGGAGCUGGUGUGUUGCAAUGAGGCAGGAAGCGGGAAGUCGCCGACAUAGGUGGGGAGGGAAAAUGUGGCGCGAAAUCCCACAAUUUCACAAGCACUUGAGGAGGAAUGCAUUGCAGGCUGAUCCGCGGGGGCAGUUGCAGAGCUUGCCGAUCCGAGCGCCCUUCCUGACGGCACACAGGUCACCGAAGGAACACUGUGAGAAGGGGGGGGGGGAAGGAUGGUUAAAAAAGUCAAUCCCUCUUCCCAGGGAACUCUGGGAAUUGUAGUUCUGGGCUCUCCUCCUGAGAACUCGCCGCUCAUAAUAAACUACAGUUCCCAGAUGUCCUGACCAUUCCUGGACCAAUGAGGACAAGCGAUUGGAAUUUAAUUUGAGCACCCCAUAGCUCACCGGAAGCUGUUUUAACUGUUCUCAUCGCUACUGAGAGCCUUCUCAGUGAUGGCUCCGACCUGGUGGAAUGCUCUGUCCCAUGAGACCAGGGCCCUGCAGGAUUUAACUUCCUUCUGCAGGGCCUGUAAGACAGAGCUAUUCCGCCUGGCUUUCAACUUGAACUUAGCCUGAUCUUUUAUUCCCCUUCCUUCCCUCCCCCUACCCUUUUUAUGAAGAUUACCCGCUCUGGGAUCCCACAGCUAAUUCUCCCCUGGUCUCCAUGCUGGCCCAAAUAGGACUAAUUUAGCCAGCUAGCCCUGGUCAUCAUCUAAUGUUUAUUGGAUGGAUUUCCCCCCUAAAUUGAUUUUUGAAUUCUGAAUUUAUUGUUAUUCACGUUUUAUACUGUAUUUUAUGCUGGUUUCUGUUGCAUCAAUUAUGUGUUUUAAAUUUGUUGUUAGCUGCCCUGAGCCCGGUUUUCUGAACCGGGAAGGGCGGGGUAUAAGUAAAAAUUUAUUAUU